CUCAAAUUGAAUAAAACGAGUCUGUGCUUUUAUAGUGAAUUAAAAAUGUGAACUUUUAAGGGAAUUGUUUUUCUAUUUGGGUGGUUUAGACUUGUGUUAAAUUAUUACUGAGGCCACUCAGCUCAGAUUGCUUGGUGGGUAAAGUAAUUGUGAUUGGGAAUUAGUUUCUUUUUGGAAAAUGGUCGUGUUAGGAUUCUGAAUUGAUACCUAAGCAUGGUCAUGUAAUGUUACGAGAUGAAUGAUGUAGUAGGUACUACUACAUUUUUCUUUUGAUGAGUUAGGGAGUAUGGAAGAUGAGGUAAAUUUUUCAAAAGAGACUAACUUUGGUAUCGCUUUGUUUGGUGGGAAUAAAAACAUCGUGCUCAGUGUAAUUGAUAGUGGUUGACUGGUUGUACUCUAUAUGCGUCGAAUCGAGUCUUGAUAUGUUUUUCGUGUUUGUAUUUUUCAGAGAACUGGUAAUAUCAUUUGGGACCAAAGAAGUUAAGCACUGACUAGGGGCUUCAUUCGCUGCUUUUAAGAUUUUGUUGGGAGAUGGCGGAGAAAUCAUGUGUCAAGCGCUUACAGUGGGAAUAUAGAGCACUGUGUAAGGAACCUGUUUCUCAUGUUGUGGCCCGUCCCUCCCCAAAUGACAUUCUUGAGUGGUACUACGUUUUAGAGGAAGAAGGAACACCUUUUGCAGGUGGAUAUUAUUAUGGAAAGAUCAAGUUUCCUCCAGAGUAUCCCUAUAAACCACCGGGAAUCAGCAUGACUACUCCAAAUGGAUGAUUCAUGACUCAGAAGAAAAUCUGUUUGUCUACGAGUGAUUUUCAUCCUGAAAGUUGGAAUCCAAUGUGGUCAGUAUCAAGCAUACUUACAGGACUUCUUUCAUUCAUGAUGGAUAAUAGUCCUACAACUGGAAGCGUGAACACUACUGUAGCUGAGAAGCAACGUUUGGCAAAGACUUCUCUUGCUUUUAAUGCCAAGAAGAGCACUGGGACCAGAUACAGUUUAUUCUUAUCUUUUAUUACUUCCAUAAUUUAGGCUGCCCAAAGGGCUAAUAGAAAACAUACUGAAAUAGGCAAUAUUUCUUCCUUUACCUACUAUUAUAUGACUUGUAUUUAUCUUGCAAAUGCCAGAAUCUUUACAUACCUGUUUAAAAGUUGCUCGACAUAUUUUAGUGGUAGAUAUUAGUCAUCAAUUUAGAUUGAUCGUACCACUAAUGUGUUCCAAUUUUCUGGCAAACCAG